UUAUAAUUAGCAGAAUGAAUUCCUCGAUAUUCAUACAUCUGUGGAUUUGUAUGUUGGUAUUCCUACCAUCAUGUUACAGAGGUCGAGCUCAGUUCUUUUUUAAAGAUGGUUUGAUGAUAAAUAAAACCGACUGGUACCUACAUCUAAAAACCAAAGAAAUAGAUCAUCAUAUUCAAAAAGCUGUCUACUAUAUGGAACAACUUUAUAUGGAUGAAUAUAAUGAUCAUUCUGAGUUAAAUAUGGAUAUUGGAAGCCCGGAGUAUGGACUAUUGAUCGAAUCUCAGCUUUCCGAAGAGCAUUAUUCAUUAUAUAGGCAUGCUCAAACUAUUUCUGAAUUUUCCACCUCUAUUACACAUAGAGAAUGUCAAGUGUAUAUACAAAAAUAUAUUUAAUAAUAUGCAUAAAUUUAACGACCAUUUAAAUUAUCUUGAUAGUGUUGGAGCACAAUGUGCCAUAGACUUAUCGAAAGUGAAACUAGACAAGACAUCAUUGGGUAAAAUUUGUUUGUCCAUGUAUUACAAUAAAACUGCAUGCAUCGGAAUGAACAUAAAGUAUCGUACUCCUGACGGUUCUUGUAACAACUUGAAACGUUGGUACGCGGGAAAAGCAACCACAGCUUAUAAACGUUUGCU